AUGAAUACCACGGUGACAAGUUUGUUCUCGCUCACCGAAGUGGUCCCAAAUGGGCCGGACGGCAAGCCUCUCCGAAGAUCACAACGUCUUGCAAAAGUCGAGAACAAGCACGAACUCUACGAAGAAGACCAAACAGUCGUAGGGACAAAGUACAAGAGACGCACCUUGUGCCGUCCUGAUGAGCAGAUACCCUGGAAACUCUAUGCCGUAAAAGCGCUGGACAUUAACCUCGACAACUUGUGGCCAGGGAAGAUCGUCAAGGCGAUUGACUGUUACCCUCAAUCAAACCUCAAAAACGAACCGUAUGACAGAACCAUCGGGACAACUUCCGUUGCUGGUCCGAUUCAGGCCAAAUUCCGCUACAUGAUAGUCGUAUGGAGGACAGACCAGGGAGUGGCCGCUAUACCUCUCUACACUCAGAAGGAAUCCAAAUUACGUCAGACUAGAAAGGAGGAGCUUGUGAGCGUCUGCACGGUGAAGGAACCUCACUGGAGAGGAGAGACGCCAUGGGCAGGUAUGCCAAUUCUUGCAAAGUUCAACGAGCGAUACAAAUGCGAGGCCCAUUGUUUCGCCGAUCUCUCUCGUCCACACUGGAUAGGCAGAUACGAAACUGUCAUCGACGAUGUCGGCCACGUUGAUGGUGGAGAGUACAGCAGACUGAUAGACCUCCUCCACAUGAAGGAGCGCGAGUUUAGGACGGCUGCUUUUGCAAGAUUCAAGACAGAUGGCACACCCGAGACUUGGGUGCCGUGGACACCUACCAAANAACAUCAGCCAAAAGCGGGUGUGAGAUUCCAGGAUGACAAGACAAACAGAAUGAACUUUCAAAAGUUCAAACACCGCGUCUAG